GCUUUAUCUUCAAGAAAGUCAGAUAAGUUUUUUCACCUCUGUUUUUAAACAGGAGAGAUGAAACACAGCCAUUGCGUCCCAGCUUUUGUCAGCAAACUUUGGACACUUGUAGAGGCUCCGUCAACGAACGACCUGAUCUGCUGGAGCCAAGAUGGCCGCAGUUUUCUUGUCCAGGAUGAGCAGCGGUUCAGCAAGGAAGUCCUGCCUCUUUACUUCAAACAUAGCAACAUGACCAGCUUUGUGCGCCAGCUCAACAUGUAUGGCUUCCACAAAGUGGUACAUAUGGAUUCUGGCUUGUCUAAAGCUGACAGCCAGGUUAAUUGUGUCGAGUUUCAGCACGAGAACUUCCAGAGAGCUCAACCUCAUCUGUUGGGCCUCAUCCGCAGGAAGGUUUCAGUUAGCCGUGGAGUUGAAGAGGGAGGCCAGGUGUCUCAGGUACUCAUUCAGGUUAGUCACGUCAGAGGCUGGCAAGACUCCUCAGACCUCAAACUCAUGGCUUUGUGCAGGGAUAAUGAGAGCUUGUGGAGAGAACUGGACUCAUUAAGACAGAACUAUCAGCAGCAGCACAAAAUCAUACGUAAGAUUAUAAAGUUCAUCAUCAACAUCGUCCAGUCAAAUGGGAUAAAAGGUUGCAAAAGAAGACUCCCUAUGAUCAACAACUCUGGGGAGUUUCAGUCUGCGCCGAAAUAUGCCCGCUCCUUCAGUGUGAAUCCCACCCUUACCACUUCCUCCCUCCAAGAGAUCCCUUCGUUGCAAGAGCUGGAUGUGUCACCGGCUGAUGUGUACUCAAAUGGAAUGAUCAUCUCUGACUUCACUCAUCUGCUGGAUCCCACACCUGAGCCCAUCAGAGAGCCAGUGACAGACUGCUUUCCCGAAAGUCAAACUACAUUUUUACCUCCUGCCUCCCCUACUCACCCCUCCAUGGAGCUGGCGUUGAAUUUGCUAGAUGACCCAGCUGCCCAGGAGUCUGAGGAAAUACCCUCUGAAAGUAAUGAUGUGUCUGAUCCACUGGCACUCAUUGAAUCCAGUUUAGCAGUGAUCUCCUCAUGCGUUCCACCUUCACCAGACCUGGACACUUUCAGCAAGAUCCUUAGUCCGGGCCGCCACAUCUCUGCUGUUAACGACUUUGACACAAAAAGCGAGAGCGAACAGAGAAGCCAGAAUGAAGCCGAUGCGCUACUUCACGCCGACACAGUUCCACAGCGGCAGAGCCUGCAACAGAAUGCAGACCCAGAGCAGGAGUGCUACGAUAGUGGAGAGUAUUCGGAUAUCUUACCAUCCCUUCUGCAGCUGGCGCAGGAAGCAUCCAGCCUCUCCUUCAGUAACACUACACUGCCUUUAGAGCUCUCUUUUGUCAUUUAAAACUCUAAUGCAUUUGAUAUUGUGCUGUGGUAGUUGAUAGUAUAAAAGUGGUAUCUGAAACUAAUGAAAGGCUCAGUAUCAUAAUGCGGCAAUUUGAUAUGUCAAUUGUAAAUGUAAAUCAUGUACAUUUUCUGUAGCGAUUUUAUCCAUCAGUGAACUCGAACCUCUCUUGUUGACUCAAGAGUCAUUUCACAACAGACUUUUAGUCUAUAACCACAAUUAACCAUGUAGUGUGAAGCAAUAGACCAAAAUUCCAGAUAGCACUUUGAAUCAUCUUUCAGAUUUUUUUUUAAAUUCAGUAAAUGACAGAAAAUGUUCCAUUAAUGCAACCUCUGCAGUGGGUGAAAGUCUGAUCAUGUUUGCGGACGUGAAUCAUGGCAUGAACAAAGGAGAUCUCGGAGGACCUUAAAAAAAAAGGCUAGAAAAAGGUCUUAAAAGAGACCAUCUCUAAAGAGUUUGGACUCCACAAAUCUACAUUCAGAAGAUCAGAAAUGGAGAUGACCUCUGUUUUCCUCCCCAGAAGCAGUCGACCAACAAAGAUCACUCAAAAUGCAAGACUUGUAAUAGUCUGCGAGGUUGCAAAUUAACCCAAGGUAACUUCUAAGAAACUAAAAGCCUUUCUCACAUUGGCUUAUGUAAAUUUUUCUCCUGAGUCCAUCAUCAGGAAAAACACUGAACAACCAUGGUUUGCAUGGCAGAGUUUCAAGGAGAAAGCCACUGCUCUCCCAAAAAAAAAUAAAUAAAAAAAAUCACUGCCUGUCUGCAGCCUGAUUGAUAUCAUGUGGACAAAUGUUUUGUAUAAAAAUGAGACCGAAAUAGAAUUUUGGUUUAUAUGAAAAGUGUACUGUUUGGAGAAAAGUUCCAGCAUAAGAACUUUAUCCCAUCUGCGAAACAUGUUGGUGGUAGGAUCGUGUUUUGGGCCUGUUUUGCAGGACGGUUUGACAUCAUUGAUGGAAGAUGAAUUCUGAAUUACUGUAUACCAGCAAAUUCUGAAGGAAAAUCUCAAGACAUCUUUCUGAGACAAUUGUAAAGGGUUCACAAACUUUCAAGCAGCACUGAUAUAUAUAAUAUAUAUCAAUAGUGUAUCAAUCUCAUAUCAUACUCUUAAGCAACUUUAAUUGCCACAUUAGUUCUAUUAUUAGUAUAUUAGUUAUUACUUAUUUAGACAUUUGGUGGCUGAGAAUGCAGCCGAUUUUCUAUAUAAAACCUUUAAAAUAAAAGAAUCUUGGCAAGCCACUCACACAAAAAUGCUGACUUUAAAACAGCACGGACUGCAGAGGUUGCAUUAACGGAAAAUCUUCCGUCAGUCCGUCAAAGUGCAAAGUUUCAAAAUGCUUUCCGUCAUUUUGGUCUAUUGCUUUACCCUACAUGGUAAAGCUACAUUGUACUAAUAGACUAAAAGAUUCUUUUGAAAUCACUUUUGAGUCAACAAGAGAGAUUAGAGUUCACAGAUGGAUAGAAAUCACAAUGGAAAAUCUGACGAUUGACGUAUUAAAUUGCCUCUGAAUCUGAUGAUGUUUUGGGUCAUAUUUAUACAGAAAUAUAGUUAAUUGUAAAGGGUUCACAAACUUGUGUGUGUGUGUGUGUGUCUAUAUAUAUAUAUAUAUAUAUAUAUAUAUAUUUCAUAACCAGUUUGUUUAAUAGUCCGUCUUCUUUAGUAGUCAAUUUCUCCAUUGAAAUAUAGUUGGCGACUGUAUCUUUAUGAUAGCAUAUUAGUUUUGAGACAAAAAAAUAGUUUACAGUACCAUGAUUUCUGAUGUGGAUCACUUGUUUUACUGCAUUGAUUGCACUUGAUGUACUUUAUUGUCUAACUAAAGGUUCGAAUAUAGGCCAUAAGGUUAUUCUUUAAACAUGUUAUAGUAUAGUUUAUUUAAGGUUUUUGAUAUGUUUGUUUUCAUGUAAAAGUGAAUUACGUAAAAGCUAAAUAAAAUGUUCUAAAAUUG